GAUGGAUUCACCGAACGAAAUUUUUCAAUCUCGGUUAUAUAAGAUCAAUCGCGUGUUGCUUUCAUUACUGGGACAGUGGCCUUUUCAACAAAAGACACAUAGACAUGCUAUUUUUGGAACAGUGGCGUUUCUUGCUUUAUCGCAAGCUAUCACGCAGAUAUUAGCUUUAGUGACAUUGCGUCAUGACAUUAACGGAACGCUUGAGUGUAUACCAACACUCAUAAUAUACAGCCUUUGCAUCGUUAAAGUGAUAAAUUCACUGUGUAAUAUAAAAAAGAUCAAAAUACUUCUUAUACAUAUACAAAGAGAUUGGCAAUCGUGGGCUAUCCAAAGUGAAUACGAAAUUUUGCUUAAGUUUGCUGAAACUGGAAGAAGCCUUACAAUCGGAUAUGCUAUUGGCAUGUAUGCGGCUGGCAAUAUCUUUUGGAUAAUGGCGAUAAUUCCGAAGAUACUCGGCAAAAAUAUGACUUCCAACUAUCCGACACGACCAACAGGAUUUCCAUAUCAUGUCGAAUAUUACAUAGAUCUCAAUAAAUACUAUUAUCCUGUGCUGAUUCACAAUUAUUUAUCCGGCCUCAUUCGACUCACUGCUAUAGUCUCAUGCGAUACCUGCGUAGCUAUUCUAGUACAACAUUGCUGCGCACUAUUUUCAAUCGUUAGAUACCGAUUGGAGCAUAUACGAAAAUCUAUUGAACAAGAUAAAACACUCGCUAUACUCGAUGAUGAAGCUAAGAUUUAUGCAAAUUUCGCUUACUGUAUUCAAAAACACGAAGAUGCCUUACAAUUCGCGAGCUUCUUGGAAACUAUUUACACAAAGGCGUUUUUUAUAGAAGUCGGCUUAAUUGUAGGAGCUAUGAGUCUCUCAGCUGUACAGGCGACCACUGGUAACCUUACUCCGCAAGACGCAAUGCAACACGGCGGUUUUAUAACUGGUCAAUUAUUGCAUUUAUUUACCGCAUGCUGGUUAGGACAACAAGUGAUCGAUCAUAGUGAUCUUAUAUACACAUCAAUUUAUCAAGGCGAAUGGUACGAAUCAUCGCCGAGAUCCAGAAAACUUUUAAAUGUAAUGAUGUUAAGAAGUACUUCACCUUGCACGUUAACUGUUGGUAAAAUAAUGGUUCUUUCUCUUUCAAGUUUCAAUGCGAUAAAGAUGCUUUUGCUAAAGAUACAAGAACAUUGGUGUUCUCCAAAGACGGAUCAGGAAACUAAAAUCUUGCGUUCGUAUUUAUUGUUCGCGCGAAAUUUAAGCUACAUUUAUGCAGGUACUAUUGUUGGCCACGCCGUGAUUUUUGCACUCACACCUAUGAUAACCAGAUUUUUCUACGAGAAAUCCGUUGAGACGAUCGACACGUCAAAUCAGACGCAAGAAACACAGUCCACUUAUCGCAUCAAUUAUAUGCUUGAUUUACAAAUGCGCUAUAUCCCACUUCUCAUACAAUGCUCUAUAUGCGAGGUAUAUUACACGAUAACACUGACUGUGCUCAACAUCUUUUAUUUAGCAUGCGUCCAGCAUUGUUGUGGCUUGUUUGCAGCUCUGAGAUAUCGUUUGGAAAGAGCCUUGGAAUCUGAAGAUAAUAGCGACGAUUUAGUAGUAACGACAUUCAUGCGGAAUAAAUCUUAUUCGAAUAUUGCAUACAGUGUUCGAAGACACGCAGAGGCAAUACAAUUCGCUAUUGCCAUAGAAUCACUCUACAGAUUACCAUUCUUCAUAGACAUGACAAUUUACGGAUCACUGUUAAGUAUCGUAGGAUUUCAGCUGAUGACACAUAAGGAAGAUAUCACUCGCCUUUUACCGUACGCCAGUUAUCUCGAUGCGCUUAUGGUUAAUAUGUUCUUUGAAAAUUGGCAAGGUCAGAAGAUCAUAGACUGCAAUGAAAAAGUGCAUGAAUCCGCAUACAAAUUGCAAUGGUACAGAAUGCCUGUAAUGUCGCAAAAACUUCUGAUAAUGAUCAUGAUAAGAAGCAAAAAACCAUUGACAAUAACUGCAGGAAAAUUCCUUGUGUUAUCCUAUGUAACCUUUAACGCGGUGAGUUUACAAGAUUCUUUCUCUUUCUCGCUUUCUUACUCUUUCGGUCUCAAUAAUAUGAAAUUUUAUUUAAGAUAAUGCGUACAGCUUUCUCGUAUUUUACGCUUCUACGGUCUGUGCAGUAAACAUGUGAUCGUGAUAGACAAUUUA